UCGCCUUACAUGAAGAUGAUCCAGUACGAAAUCAAAAUGAUCAAGAUGUUUAAAGGUUUUGACCGAGCCAAGGAUAUCCAGUAUGUGUACACGCCGGUCUUCUCCUCUCUGUGUGGAGUCAAACUGGACUCCAACAAUAAAGCAGGUUAUCUGCUCUCAGGAAGCAUGUGGAGUGACGGGCGGAUUUCUAUUGGUCAGUGUGACCUGGUGGAGUCGUGGGACAACUUAUCUCUGUCACAAAGAAAGAACCUGAACUACAGAUACCAGAUGGGCUGUGAAUGUAGAAUCAACACGUGUUACACAGUGCCGUGCGCGUCUACAGGAGAGAACGAGUGCUUGUGGACAGACUGGCUGCUGGAUAACAGUCUAAACGGGGAGCAGGCUCGACAGUACGCCUGCAUCCGCCGAUCGGACAUGAGCUGUAGCUGGUACUGGGGCGGGCCUCCACCCGAGAAGGAAUUAUUGGACAUGAGCGACCCGUGAUCUGUAAAUCUGACACAUCUGUCUUUUAGCGUUGUAAGGAAGCAGAGGAAUAAAUUGGACAAAAACAUACAUUAGGAGACAGUUUGUUUUAAACUGCAGGGGGAAACCUGACACUACUUUGUUAGUAAAGUUCAGGUGUAACGAAGGAAUAUAAACUGCAGGGCUUUCGAGCGUUCCUGACUCAUUUUCACAGCUGUACACAUUCCCCAUUACAGAAUAAGAAUAGCAGCAGAACAUCUACAGCAAACCAUUCACACCUGAUUGAAUGUUUGCAUCAUGAUAAAUAYAUUUCUUUAACAAAUGUGGAAGAUCCUAAAACUGCUUCUUUCUAAGGUGUAAUAGGUUAUAUAUUGAUUUGAUUUGUGAAUGUAGUGAAAUAGGCACAAGAACGUUGUUCAGUUGCUGUUUAAAACUGUGUGCACCUCAUGGCACCACGAUUCCAGCACAUCGCCUGGAAACACACACUGGUGUUUUGUUCAUUUGAUUUGAUUCAUAAUUACUAAAUGAGAAUAUAAAUACUUGACAGCACUGUGUGCAAGUUUUUAGGCACUAAAUUUACAACACUAUCUCAAUGCAACAAUGAAAAGUUAUUUAUUUUUCAAAUUUAGACAAAAGAAAAGAGGAUAGUCUGUUGGUUUUUCUGUUUAGAUUUUUUWAAAAAGAGGUUCAGGUAAUGAACAGCUAAUAUCUUACCUGUUGUAGAUAGUCUCUUGAGUUUUGGUUUAAACUGAAAAAACAAAUGACUAUUUGGAGCAGGGCCAAAACAAUAAAGGUUUGCUGCCAACUUAAUUAUUCAAAAACCACUUGGGCCUUUUUUUAAAAGAAUUAAUCUGUUUAAAGACGGCAGCAAUCCAGUUUCGUCUUAGCCUUGAUCAGACUAGCCAUUAGCUUGUCAAUCAGGUCAGACUAAAACAUCAUUUCUCCAACAGGUAAGGUAUUAAAAUGAACAUCAAUUCUGCAGAACUCUAUAUAAAAAAAGAUUUGAGUUACUGCAUGAAUCCUGAUUGGGCUUUUAAAACUCUUGAUAAGAUGCGAUCCCUUUGAAGUUCUUUAAACUUUUGCAAUCAGCUGUACACAUAGAGAAAAGCAAUGUCAAAUAUUUUAAAAGGAUUCAUUUUCCCCCAAUGCCACACAGAAAUGCUACAUCACCCUAGUUCUUGCACAUCUAAUUAUUGCCAGUUUUAUCUCAGAAUCUUGAGUUUGUAAAUAUUGUUUUUCAAAUAAAAUUAACAUUUACGCGGCUAACCUGAUCUUCUCUUAUUAGUGACUGUUAUGUUGUGGUUUUUGUGAUCUUAGUGCCCUUGGUUGAACUCUGUCCUGUUUCUUGUGCCAAAAAUCUAAUCUAGCGCUUAAACAACAGCACUUUUUUUUAGGAAAGACAUGCCUUUCCUCCUUAGAGGAAAUGAUAUAACGGGGCAAGGUUUCUUUCUUUUUAACUCCUUGAGACAGGAGGUGAAUUCUUCUUGUGAGUAAUGCAGAUAUAUAACGAAUGAUGAUCAGUGUAAAGACUUGUUUCUUAAAAAGUCUUAUUGUUCAAUUACUUCACUAAGGUCCACAAGUUAAAAUGCAUUAUUACUUAUUUUACUGUAGGUCAACAUCACUUAAAUGUAUGUUUAAAGUGAAAAUUUGCAUCACAGUGCCAUUUUACAAGAUAAAAAUGCAUUACGAUUUAUGACUCUAGUGAAGUGUUAAACAAUUUAAUUGUUUUGUACUGAAAAAUGUUUGGAUUUGUAUUUAUGUCUCUGUUUCUGUCACAAAGUUUUCUAUCUCCAUGUACCAAAAAAAUCCAAUUGUAUAUAAAAGUAUAAACAGAA